UGCUAAUGUCAUUGCGACGUUAAUUUAAUAAUUUGACUUUAUUAUACAAAAUAUUCGAAUAUUUUGACCAAGUUGAAAUUUAGUGUUGAUUAAAAAGCUGAAGUUUGUGUAGUCAACGGACAAAGAAUGGAGAAGCUAAGGGAGAGCGAAGUGCGCGAGUUCUUUGUGGGUGACUACAAGGUGCUGGGACAGUUUGACAGCGGUUCCUUUGGGGACAUCUAUCUGGGUAAAUCUCUGUACACGGGCGAGAAGGUUGCCAUCAAGGUGGAAAAGACAGGAACACCGCAUCCGCAGCUAGCCUAUGAGUAUCGUGUCUAUCGGGCCAUACGUCCAGCGUUGGGAUUACCAAAGAUCCAUUACUUUUCCGAAGAGGAUGAUUACUGUGCCAUGGUCAUGGAGUUGCUGGGACCCUCGUUGGAUUACCUCUUUGAGUUUUGCAGUCGAUGCUUCACCAUUAAGACGGUGCUCCUGCUGGCGGAUGAGAUGCUGCUGCGCUUGGAGCAGGUGCACGGUCGGGGAUUUGUGCAUCGGGACAUUAAGCCGGAUAAUUUCCUCAUUGGACGCGACAUCACAUGUAAAAGACUACAUCUGAUUGAUUUUGGAUUGUCAAAGAAGUAUUGGGAUCCCAAUACCUUGGUGCAUAUACCCUAUCGAGAGGGUUGCAGUCUGACGGGGACAGCACGCUUCACCUCGAUCUCCUCGCACGAAGGUGUCGAGCAAUCGCGUCGGGAUGAUCUAAUUUCUGUGGGGUAUGUCCUCAUCUACUUUCUUCGCGGUAAUCUGCCCUGGCAGGGCAUCAAGGCCUCCACCAAGCAGCAAAAAUACGAGCGCAUUCAUGAGAUGAAGCGUUCCAUUAGCAAUGAGAAACUCUGUCAGGGAUUUCCCAGCGAGUUUCCCAUGUACCUCAACUAUUGUCACCAGCUCGGCUUCGAUGAGGAUCCAGAUUACAACAAGCUUCGUAAGAUGUUCCGACAAUUGCGCAUGAAGUUGUAUGUGAUUAAUAACCAGAUCUUUGACUGGGAAAUGCUCACCAUCGAUUUUCAUCGCAAUCAAUCAAAUCCGGGCAUCGGUAUGAGAGUUCCACCCGUAAAACGCAAGCCGGACCAAGGAUCCAGCGGUUUUCCCAUCAUUCGUAAUGAGAAGUGCAACCGCUGGGACUAACGAACUGGUUCCGAAGAACUUGCGGUACUAGCGUGUGUUCAACUCUCGAGUAAUUCGGAUAAAAUAAUAGCUAAAUUAGCUCAAUAUUGUACGAUUUAAAGAUGGGAUCUAAUGAUUCCAAAGUUGGUUUGGAACUAGCGUAAAUAAAAUUAUUAAUUAAUUAGAA